GUGAUUGGCUGGCGAGCCGGCCGCACGCGGAGUAGCCGAAGCUGCUCUGUUGCGACAGAGGCCGAGCGGCGAGGCCCGGUUAAGCUGAAAGAACUGUAACACCUGUGGCUCAUCACCAUGCCCUCUGAUCUGGCCAAGAAGAAGGCAGCCAAGAAGAAGGAAGCUGCCAAAGCCAGGCAGCGUCCCAGAAAGGGUCAUGAAGAAAAUGGAGAUGCUGUCACCGAGCCACAGUUGGUAGAGGAGAAAAAUGAGGAAGCCAAUGGCAAAGAUACCUUAGAAGUGGAUUUGCUGACCAAGGAACUGGAAGACUUUGAGAUGAAGAAAGCUGCCGCUCGAGCUGUCACCGGUGUCUUGGCCUCUCACCCCAACAGCACUGAUGUCCACAUCAUUAACCUCUCCCUCACUUUCCAUGGUCAAGAGUUGCUCAGUGACACAAAGCUGGAGCUGAACUCAGGGCGUCGCUAUGGCCUCAUUGGUCUGAAUGGAAUUGGAAAAUCCAUGCUGCUGUCUGCUAUUGGUAAGCGGGAGGUGCCUAUUCCAGAGCACAUUGAUAUCUACCACCUGACCAGGGAGAUGCCCCCCAGUGACAAGACACCCCUGCAGUGUGUGAUGGAGGUGGAUACAGAGCGGGCCAUGCUGGAGAGAGAGGCUGAGCGGCUUGCCCAUGAGGAUGCGGAGUGUGAAAAGCUGAUGGAGUUAUAUGAACGAUUAGAGGAGUUGGAUGCUGACAAGGCAGAGAUGAGGGCCUCUCGAAUUCUACAUGGUUUGGGCUUCACACCUGCCAUGCAACAGAAGAAACUCAAGGACUUCAGUGGUGGCUGGAGAAUGAGAGUUGCUCUUGCCAGAGCCCUUUUUAUCCGGCCCUUCAUGCUGCUAUUAGAUGAGCCCACCAACCACCUGGACCUGGAUGCCUGCGUUUGGUUAGAAGAAGAACUGAAGACCUUCAAGCGAAUUCUCGUCCUCGUCUCCCAUUCCCAGGACUUCCUGAACGGUGUUUGUACUAAUAUCAUCCACAUGCAUAAUCGGAAGCUCAAGUAUUACACAGGUAAUUAUGACCAGUAUGUGAAGACACGAUUGGAACUGGAAGAAAAUCAGAUGAAGCGUUUCCAUUGGGAACAGGAUCAGAUUGCUCACAUGAAGAACUACAUUGCUCGAUUUGGUCAUGGCAGUGCCAAGCUGGCCCGGCAGGCCCAGAGCAAAGAGAAGACACUGCAGAAGAUGAUGGCGUCAGGGCUGACAGAGAGGGUUGUUAGCGAUAAGACACUUUCAUUUUAUUUCCCGCCGUGUGGGAAGAUUCCUCCACCUGUUAUCAUGGUGCAGAAUGUGAGCUUCAAGUACACAGAUGAUGGGCCCUGCAUCUAUAACAACCUGGAGUUUGGAAUUGACCUGGAUACACGUGUGGCUCUAGUGGGGCCCAAUGGAGCUGGAAAGUCAACCCUGCUGAAGCUGCUGACAGGAGAGCUGCUGCCCACAGAUGGGAUGAUUCGAAAACAUUCUCAUGUCAAGAUUGGCCGCUAUCAUCAGCACUUACAAGAGCAGCUGGACUUGGAUCUGUCCCCCUUAGAAUAUAUGCUGAAGUGUUACCCGGAGAUCAAAGAGAAAGAGGAAAUGAGGAAGAUCAUAGGUCGAUAUGGCCUAACUGGGAAGCAGCAGGUGAGCCCAAUCCGGAACCUUUCAGAUGGGCAGAAGUGUCGAGUAUGCCUGGCUUGGCUGGCUUGGCAGAACCCCCACAUGCUCUUCCUGGAUGAGCCUACCAACCAUUUAGACAUUGAGACGAUAGAUGCUUUGGCUGAUGCCAUCAAUGAGUUUGAGGGUGGCAUGAUGCUAGUCAGCCACGACUUCCGGCUCAUCCAACAGGUUGCCCAGGAGAUCUGGGUCUGUGAGAAGCAGACAAUCUCCAAGUGGUCUGGUGACAUCCUAGCCUACAAGGAACACCUUAAGUCUAAGCUGGUUGAUGAAGAGCCCCAGCUCACCAAGAGGACCCACAAUGUGUGAGCUGGCCACCACAGGUUUGGGUCAGGACCUUGGUCUGGGGACUAAACAUCUGCUACCUGACCAGCCACCCAGGCCUGGACCCCGGGGCUGUGCUCUUGCGUCACUGCAAUAUUCCUCAUCCCUUGCCAUCUCUUCCCUUUCCCCUCCAUUAACCCCCUGUUCCUGCCUUAGCAGCACUCUGACUCCUGCAGACAACACCUGUCUGUUUCCCACCCUCUCUGCUUACCUUUAUCCACGUCUGGACCACCGUUGGCUACCCUCCCUCAGUCCCAUAUUGUUUACCUUAUCCAUACCCGGAUGUUCAUGCAGUCAGGGGCAGCCCUGGAGCCCGACCCUUAGAGUUGGGCCACAAUGAAGGGAGCUGGGUUCAGGGAGGUGUGAGGAAGGUUCCAACCCCUCCUCCCCUCCCCCUCCUUCCACUUCUGCUUCUCUUCUCCCAUUCUGCUUCUGAUUCAGAGCUAGGGGCUGGGGCCCUGGUUCUGGUCCUGGUUGGUUUUUAAAGAAUUAUUUAACAGUGUAACUACCAGAUCUGCCUGACACCCCUACAAAGUGUCCAAUAAAGAAAAAGGAAAAAAAAAGCCACAGCCACACUUUGCUUCCUUGGCCUGGAUACUGUUCCCUCCUCUAGCCCAGCCCCCAACACUGAGACCUCUUCGCCCCAACCCCGGGUAGGAUUGGGGCCCUGAGUGAGAUCUGAUCCUGGGCUGGGCAGAGAGGACACUGACACUGAAGACGAAGCCCUGAGUGAGGCUGGAGUGGGAGUGGGCUGAGUGUUAGUGAAGAGAAUGAAUAGAGUUGCUCAGGCCUUUUCUCUGCACCUGUGAGUCUGUUAGGAUACAGUGCUGCAAAGGGAAUCCUAGAUCAGAGCAGCUUUUUCCCUUUCGAUUCUUUUGAGGAACCUGAUUUCUGUCAGGCAACCCCAGGCCUAUGCAAAGACUAUUCUGUUUGUUUGGACUCUGUUUUUAUUUCUGUCAUUUUUAUCAUCUGGCCCACUAGCAGCUGUAUGCUUCAGUAUUCCUGAUGACCUCCAGGGGCUGCUGUGAACCAGCACCCCCACCAUGUCCCUCCUCUUCCUCCCCCCCCUUCAGAAACCAUCAUCUCACUAUGUUAGCAAGAAGGCAGGUGGCCCCUGGCUCCCUCCUGUUCUCAAUCCACAGAGCUGAGCCUAAGCCUUGUGGGAGGGGCAUGCAAAGGAAAGGGAAGUCCAAGUCCUGCCCUCAGACUCUUACUCUUAGUUGGAGAAAUGGUUUUCAAACCAAAGGUUUUUCAGACAAUACUAGAAAAUGCACUGGUGCAGACUGAGGCAUUCUGAAAAGGGGAAAAAGCUGUUUGGGCUAGAGUCAGAGAAGGUGAAUUGAAGCUGGGCCUUCAGGGACGCGUGCAAUUUGGAGAGACAAAAGAGGAGCAGGAUAUUUCCAGUAGAGGGAAAAACAAGGACAAAUGGAGGAAGUUAGACACUGAAGAUGGUUUUUAAUGAGCAGUGAGGUGGACCAUAGUGACUAAAAGCCUCGGUGCAGGUUGAAUAACUGUCUCUUCUGCUUCUUGAUAGGCUCAUAAGGAAGGGACUUUUCCCUGGGACUUAAGGAGCUAUCCCCUCAAAACUGGCUGUGAGUGCUAAGAGUCAGGACUUCUAGUUGGAGGGAGCCUUGAAUGUCAUCUCGUGCAGCCCUCUCAUUUUAUAGAAAAUGGGCCCAGGCCCCAAGGUCACAUGGAUGAUGAGGAGACCCAGGUUCUCUUCACACCCGGUGCUCUUUUCAUUAGGUCUCCUGGGACCCUCAAGAUCUUAGCUUCUGCAGAGGUAGCCACGUGUGGGAUUUGAAGUGCUGAGAGCUUUCCCAAAAAAUAUUUUCAGUGAUACCUGAAAUUCCAUUAUUUACAAUUGAUUCCGAAAUUCCAUUACUUACAGUUGAUUCCGAAAUUCCAUUACUUACAGUUGAUUCUUCUGGGAUAAGCAUUGCCCUCUUCCUGUUAAAUUCUUCCAUGUUAAUUCCCUAAUAACCUAACCUAUUAGUGUAAGUGGUAAAUUUCCAGAACCUAGUGAUGAGAUCCCCCUACCUUCAAGAAAUGUACACUCUUUGUAAGGUUAAACAAAAAUUUGGGAGAGCUACAUGCUCCUUGACCCCUGGCGCCAAGCCAAAAUGAUGAAAUCAAGUUUUUGUGUUUGUGUUUUCCCUUUUUCAUUUUGUCCUCCAUUCCUUCUUUCCAUACCUCUUCUCCGAGGCUCCACCCCCUAGGACUUCAUGCUUUCAUGCUCCCUCAAGUCUCCAAAUUAGUAAGCAGAAGGAAUAGGUAAUGCAUCCAUGCUAAGAUUUCAUAGCUAAGAAGGUAUACCACUAUAUCAGGCUGCCUCUCAAAGUGGAGAAUAUAAAAUGUGAAAUAUAGAGGAAAUAUGCAUUGGAGAAGGGGAGAGAAAACCCAGUACAUCCUCCUCCUGUUUCCCCUGCUUCUGUACCUAUUCAAGUCCUAGUCAUCUGUCGGGUCCUGCCACUCCUUCACAGCCUUCCCCAGUUGCUCCCGGCCAGAAGAAUGAGUGCUCUUUUCUGGCCUAGAAGCCUUUAUUAGCAUUCUAAGCUAUUGAGCUUGCAAUUGCUCUCCAGUUGUUCCAGGUGCCUUAGUUUUACCUCCCUAGGUAGAUUUUAAGCUUGAAAGUAGAGACAAUAGCUUUUGCUUCUCUGUCCCUGAAUAGCGCAGUGCUUGGCACAUAGUAGGUAUUCAAUAAAUACUUGAUGUACUGUUGAUGACACUAGCUGGUUUAUGGACUUAAGGCAUUUGAUAAAUUCACUGCUAAGAGCCCUUGGCACACAGGAGGAGAUUGUUGUACCCUCCUUUAGCAAGAUUUGGAAAUUGUUCCUCCUGAUUGUGCAGAGGCAGGCACUAUAAACAUACCUUCGGAAAUAGUUAUGAAUAGGUCCAACCAUUGUGGGCAGCAAUUUGGAAUUAUAGGACAGUGACAAAUAUUAGCCCACUAUUAGGCGUAUACCCCAUGGAAGUCAAAAGAUAGAAUGGUUUCAUAUACAUCAAAAUAGUAAUAGCAGCACCUUUUCUGGUAGUAAAGAACUGAGAAGAAAGUAAACAGCCAUUAAUUGGGAGUAACUAAAUAAAUUGUGGUACACUAAAGGAAUCUCAUGAUAUAAGAAAUUAUUAAUAAUGAAGAGUUCAGAGAAGCAUG